AUCAUUUAUUAUCUCCAAUUUGUUCUUAUUUCCCGAGAAAAAACAUAGAUAACAAUUUUUGUAUGCCAAAUGUGUAAUUUCCAUUAUUACUUGCAUGAUAUCACCUCACCUCAUAUGUGUCUAUAUAUAAUCUAUAGACAACCUUGUUCUAUAUCCGAACGAAAGCUUUUCCAUUACUACUCAAUAGUAAUUUCCAUAGUUGGGUAGACAUGUCAAGUUCUAACGGUACCCAUCGUCUUCCUCAAGUAGUUCUCCUGACCAGCUCUGGUGCAGGUCAUCUUACACCUUUACUUCGCGUAGCUGCGUUACUUCUUCACCAUAACUGUCAAAUAACUCUAAUCACUUGCCAUCCUAUUCUCACACUCGCCGAGUCUCAACUCAUCUCUAAGUUCCUAUCAGCUUUUCCUCAAGUCAAAGAAAAACAACUUCAUCUUCUUCCUCAUGAUCCCAAUAAUGUCAAUUCUAAUAUUGACGACCCUUUUCUUCUCCAAUGGGAAACUGCUCGUCGUUCAGUUCGUCAUCUUCUCUUGCCACUUCUCUUGUCAUUAUCUCCAUUUCCUUCUGCUCUUGUCUCUGACGUAACCUUAUUUCCCUCCGUCAUUGAAAUUACUGAAAAUUUAAAUCUUCCUGUCUAUGUUCAAUUCCCUUCUUGUGCAAGAAUGUUCUGUCUUUUCGCUUAUUUUAGUGCAUACAUGACUUCUUCUUCCACUAGAUCUAAUGAUAAUAAUGAUGUUAUUGAAAUUCCAGGCGUUUGGCCAAUGGCUAAAUCGACAGUCCCUCCUUUACUUCUCGAACCGAAAAGCAUCUUCUACUCCAUUUUCAUGGAAGAUAGUAAGAAGAUCCCUAAGUUGAGCGGCAUUUUUAUUCCAACCCUUGAAACGUUAGAAUCAGAGUCAUUAACUGCUCUUAAUAGCGGUAAAGUAGUUGAUGGGGUGCCGCCUAUAUAUCCUAUUGUACUUAUGCCAUGUGAUUUUGAGAAACAUCUUCAAGAAGAAAACAAAAUAAUGAAAUGGCUUGACAAUCAAUCUCCAAGGUCAGUAGUGUAUAUGAAUUUUGGCAGCAAAGCAGCCAUGUCAAGAAAGCAGAUAAAAGAGAUAGGAAACGGAUUAAUAACGAGUGCGUAUCCGUUUCUUUGGGUAGUAAAAGAUAAAGAACUUGAUAAAGAAGAUACAGAGAGCUUGAAUGAGGUUCUUGGAAAUGAUUUAAUGGAGAAGCUAGAAAGAAAAGGGUUAGUAGUUAAAGAAUGGGUUAACCAAGGAGAGAUUCUUGGUCACGAAGCAGUAGGUGGAUUUGUAAGUCAUUGUGGGUGGAACUCAGUGCUUGAGGCUAUAUGGCAUGGCGUGCGCUUGCUUGCAUGGCCUCCAAAAGGAGAUCAGAAGGUAAAUGCAGAGGCAAUCGACAGGGGUGGGUUUGGUUUGUGGACAAGAACUUGGGGAUGGGCUGCAGAGAUGGUAGUGAAAGGGGAAGAACUUGGGGAAAGAAUUAAAGAAAUGAUGACAAGUGAAGAGUUGAAAUUGAGAGCUGAACACAUUAGGGUGGAGGCAAGGAAGGCUGUCGGUGAUGGUGGUAGCAAUGAAAUUGUGAUCAAGGAACUAAUUGAGAAAUGGAAGUAAAUGUAUUAGGGUUCAUGAACUGAGUUUUCUCCGGUAAUUAGUAUUACUAAAUAAAUCACUAUGUUAUGUUGAAUCUUUAUGUUAUUUAUUUUUAGUUGCUUGGAAAAAGAGAAUUGAAAUCUGAACUUUUAUUGUCAGACUGUAUAUGUAUUUACCAAUAAAUUAUAUUUUGAUGUACAUAUUAAAUUUUAUUUAAA